UUCACUAUUGUGUGUGUGUGACUGAACGAAUUUAACUGACUUGUAAAAUAACAUUGUUUUUGAUUUACCAUUGUGUUAAAAGAUGGAUGAUUUUGAUAAAUCUUCGAAUAUGAAUUCGAAACAAUUAAAUUCAGAUGAAAUAAAAAAAUCUGAAAUGAUUAAUGAAAUAAACGAUAUGCGUAAUCAAUUAUUCAAUCGAUUAGUACAUCUAGAUUUGAGUGCGAGGAAAUUGCGAGAAACUAUUCGAAAAUUUGAUGCAAAAGUUGUCGAAGCCAAAGCAUUUGUUCGUGUUCACAAAGAAUCUAUCGAUGAUGGUUCGAUCGAUAUUGAUCGACCAUUGGCUAAUGUAAUGCUUUGUGAACGAGCCAAAUCGCUGGCACAAUUGAUGAAAAUGGCUCAAGAGAAAAUGACUCGAUUGAGACAAGAAACUGGCAUACUUCGAAAUCAGUAUCGUGAUUUUGCUAUCGAAACAAUUGGUUUGAAGAUAGCAGUACUUCAUGGUGAUUAUAUCGCUCUUGUCAAAUAUUUUGAUCUCUUAAUACAAAUCAAAGUAUCGGAAUCAUCACAAUUGUAUACAAUGCUCAAAGAGUUUUUCAUUGAAGAUAUUUAUGAAAUUGUUCCAUUGAUGGCCGAUAUUUUCAAAUACACAUUUAAUCAUAUUGGCUGGCCACAAAUUAACAAUGCUCCGGGAUCAGAAACUUCAAAUCAUUUGUGCCAAUAUCGAUCAUUAUUUUGUAAACUAUUUCGAUUCCUAUUGGAAUUGGAACAUGGUAUUUUUCCUAAAUCUCCGAUUCCAAAUUCGGAAACAAUUCGAUUGACUAUUUUUGAUUCAAAUAACAAUGAUCGUGUAAUUUAUCAUGCAUUCGAAUUGUUGUUUGAUCCAUUUGUUAAACGAUUUGAUUAUCAUUUUAUGGAUCCCGGUUCGAAAUUGAACGAUUUACAACAUCCCGAAUGGUUUCUUUGUUCAUUAGAACAAUGGAUCACAGUGAAUGAGAAAUUUUUUCGUGAUUUAGUCGAUCCAGUAUUAUUGGAUUUUUUCGGUGAUGAUGGAAAAUCUGCUACGGUUGAAUUGAUUUCAUGUUUUGUAAAAUUGAUUGAAAAGAAGUUGCAAGAAGAUUUGCCAAAAAUGGCCGAUGAUGAUCUCAUUUUUAUCCGUACAAUGGAUGAACUUGUCAUUUUCAGUGAACAAGUUAAUUUAAUUGUACCGGAUUUGUAUGAAAAUGAUCCGAAAUUGAAUCCAUUGUUUGUGAUUUUUUCUGAUAAUCAAAAUUUUAAACGUUUUUUCAAAAUUGAACGUAAUCGUAUCAAUGAAAUCAUUGAAGCUAUAUUGGAUUCAGAAACUUCUUGGCAAUUGCUUUUUGGACAUGAUUUAACAUUCGAUAGUAAAUUUAUUAUCUGUGAAGCUGCGGAUGAAUUUGCAUCGCUUGUCAAUCGUCAAAUUGAACGAUCUAAACAUAUUCCAUUGGAAGAGUUACGUGCCGAAUUCUUGCAUUCAAUUAUCGAUAUGAUUGAUGAUUAUCGUUUACGUUUAUCACAAUCAAUACAUGAUUUGCAAGAAAAUUGGCCGUUUAGUGAUAAAUUUUUUGGCAUUCUAAACACGUUUGAUUUCAUUCAUUCAAUAUCGGUGGAUUUUGUCACUAAACAAACCUUUCCGCAAUCUGAUUCGGAUCGUGUGAAUAAAAUGUUUAUCCAUAUGAUUGAAGAGAUAACUGAUCGUAUUAUCAAUACAAUAGUAUCGGACUUUAUCAGUAAUCUUUCUUUGUACAAACAAUUGAAAUGGCAUGGAAUGUCAUUGAAAGACGAACAACCAUCCGAAGUGACAAAAGAAGCUGUUACUUUAUUCAAUGAUAUUUCAGCCAAAAUUUAUUGGAUUCAGAAAAAUAUUUCGAAGAAUUUGUUCAAUCGUUUGAUCCACGAAAUUGCCGGUCGUUUGCAGGAUGCAUUUUUUGAUAAUUUCAUUAUGGAAUCGCAAUUUAACAGAGAUGGCAUCAAACAACUACAAUUUGAUUUUGAACACGCAUUUAAAGCUAUUUUCAUUGCUUAUUCAGAUCGUAACAUUGUUUUUACAUUCUCGACUAUUUCCGAUUGUCUAGUCGUAUUCAAUUUGAGUCCACAAACUUAUCAUAUUGUUCAGGCACGACAUAAAGUGGAUAGUGAAAGCGAAUUUCGAAUGUAUUUACAAACAUUGGGCAUCUAUAGUUUGAAACCAUCCACUGUUUUGGCAUUGAUCGAUCGACGUGUUGGAUUCAACUGAUGUGAUGAAUUUUUUUUGAUAUCUAAAUAUUUUGAUCGUUUUCUUUACGACAAACACAUACAUACAACAUGGCUUUCAACAACAACAAUUAAUCAAUCAUUCGAGUUUUUGUUUUUCUUCUUAA